AUGAAGGUCAUGUGUUUGUCGGCCCUAGCUCAAGAGGCUGGUAACAGUCAUACGCAGUCAUGUCUGUCAGAGUCGGUUUCUGGUGAGCAAAAACACACAGCGGGUAGUACCGGUCGCUAUUGGAAAUAUGCCGUAGGACAUGGAAAACUAUGGGGGGCGAGAUGGCUCAAGUGGUUAGAGCGCGAAUUUACUGACCGGAAGGUCCGUGAUUCGAACCCGAUCUCUGCCUCUCGACUUCCCCUGUCUAGACUUGGGCAACCUAGCAGUAUCCCAGUCCUCGUGCUUCCUUCGGGUAGUAUGGCAGCUAGGCGCCGGAAGGGCGUUACAGCUGAGCGAUGGAAAACUAUGGAUAGGAUAUGUGCAAAGUUAACCCGGAACAAAUCGAACCAAACAAGUAUCGGGUACGUUGACAAAGACACCGGAAGCGAUAAUCUGGCACCAAUCACUACUUACGCAAACGGGAAAUGA